AUGGCAUCUAAUUCACCUGAUAACGAAACACCCAACGGGCGGCCCUUCAAAAGGCGCCGUGUAGCCGUCGCCUGUGAUGCAUGUCGAACCCGCAAAUCCCGAUGUGACGGCAAGCGGCCCAGCUGCUCGUUAUGUCAGGAUCUGGGGUUUGAAUGUGUUUACACGCCGCCACCAACGGCUGCUAAUAUCAUUGUACAGAAAGACUAUCUGCACAGGCUUGAAGAUAGGGUAAAGAGGCUCGAAGAGUCGUUUGGAGAAAGGGACAGAGAAAGAGAGUCUGCUAUUUCUGGUCGAAAUACUGAAGAGAGUCAGGGCGAGGCAAGAAUUGCUGCACCGAUGCCGGAUUUGAUUGGGACCGAGGAUUCAGUCGAUGGUAUGGGUGCGGUGAUUUUUGCGGAUGAGGAGGAUUCUGGGUUCUUUGGCCCUUCUUCAAAUAUUGCAUUUCUUCGACAUCUAUCAAGCGCUAUUGUCCAACCGGGGUAUUUCCCUUCACCUGGCGCCGCUGAGGGUGGCUUUGUGAAUGCAUCGAGACCACCAUCGCCACCACGCCAAAUAGGUCAAGAUAAGCGCAUGAAAGUGAACAUCUUUGCUUUACCGCCGCCGUCAAACACCUUGGACCUUAUCGAACGCUAUUUCUCUAACACGGGGUUACUAUUCCCCUAUAUCUACCCACCCGUCUUCCUGGACACAUAUCACCAGAUGGCACGAGAGAACUUCAGUCGCGUACGGAGAACCUGGCUCGGUUUGUUGAAUAUGGUGCUCGCUAUGGCUACUAUUGCUGCGAUUCCUGGAAGUUCCAGCGCAGAUGCUCGGAUCGAAGAAUCAGAUGUGUUCUAUCAGCGUGGCCUUGGCUUGUGUGGGAGUGAAAUCUUGCGAGGGACAACCCUAGAAGUGGUACAAUAUCUACUCCUGAUGGGCCAGUACCUCCAAGGCACGCAAAAGUCAAUACAAGCAUGGACCGUCCAUGGAUUAGCCGUCAAAGCCGCUCUUCAGCUUGGAUUGCAUUCGCGGCAUGCAUCCAAAUUAUUUUCUCCGAUCGAGCAGGAGAUGCGAAAGCGGACUUGGUACGGUUGCGUGGUCUUAGACCGAACUCUGAGCAUGACUUUUGGCAGACCAGCAGCCAUUCCAGAUAGCUACGUCAAGCUCGAGCUACCCAAGAAGCGAGAAUUUGAAAAUUCAACGGGCCUUGUGGAUGGCGAGACAGCGGCUUUGAGUGUUGCGUUCUUCAACUCGACAAUUGGACUAUAUAAGGAGCUCUGGAACGUCCUAGAGCUUCUCUAUGGCCAAAACAUCGGCUGCGAUGGUCCAUUACCAGUCAGCGAGAUUGUGGCCCAUAUUUUCAGCUUGGAACAGCACUUGUUCUCCUGGGAACGGUCGCUUACCCAUCCAUUACAACUUAUCUCAUUGGAUAGCAUUGAUAAUCUGCCUCAAAUUCAGAUGUCAUCCAAUACCCAAUGUCUUUCGUUAAAGUUUCAAGUCAUCCUGACCUUGAGAUAUCUAAAUCUUCGAGUUUUACUCCACCGCCCGAUGUUAGUCAAAUUCAUCACCGCAAGCAGGUCUUCUGAGCACGAUCCUCAGGAUAUUAGAUUGUUGCAACAGAUUGGGAUGAAUAGCUUGCAGAUAUGCGCAUAUUCCGCGAUGGAGAUCAUUGAUAUCGUACACCGUGUUGUAUCAGAACCUGGAUGGAAGCGCACCCUCCUGGGAGCGUGGUGGUUCUCGCUAUACUAUACUUUUAACGCAGCGCUAGUCCUCAUCGGAGUAGUUUGGGUCUAUCGUGAUACCAGCCUAACAAACUCACCAAUGAUAGACCAAGCAAGUAAAGUUAGACAGUAUCCCGGUCGUGCCGUAGCAGCACUUUCCAGGCUUGAUGAAGGAAACCGAUUGAUCGAUCGAUGUCGGUAUUACUUGGAACAAUUCAGCAAAGUCUUGAAUGAUCCUGAAACGGACCUCGAUGCCUCAAAUACAACCCUUUCCCAUCUCCAUGGUACUCGAGCAGGAAUUACAGGGGACGAAUUUAGUCUCUUGCCAUUUGGAAUGGAGCUUGGCGAGUUCAUGAUGGAUGGGGAUCUUGUUGCGAUGAUGGAUCGUCAGGGACUGCUUCCCGUAGAUCCCGAUUCAACCUUCACUGCUUGA